AUGUCUGACAACGACAAGUCUAGUGGCGCUGCUUCUCCUCAAUUCAGCGAGCGUGAGCUUCAGCUGCUUUGUUGGGCCAUGCAGUCCCUCAAGUCCGGUCCUCCUGACAUCGAUUACGAUAAGCUGGCAGCCUUUGCUAGUAUGGGCAACCCUCGCUCCGCCAGCAACGCGUGGGCCAAGAUCCGGGCCAAGUUGUCGGCAGGCACCGAUGCUAUUGCUCCUACUACCCCUAGGAAGGGCGGCGCCAAGAAGACGAAGGCCACCGCUGCGAACGAGGAGGGCGAGGAGGGCGAAGCUACCCCCAAGAAAACCCCUCGUAAGCGCGCUGCCAAGAAGCAGGACGUCGAUGGCGAUGCUUCUCCCAAGAAGAAGGGCCGUGGCAAGAAGGUAUCCGAUGACGAGACCAACGUCAAGUCUGAGCCUGAGGAGCCUCAGGACGUCAAGCUCGACGUCGCACCCAUGGAGGAUAUUGAGGACGAAGUCUAG